GUCAGUUUCCUUCUUGUCACUGGCAUGUGUUACAGUGCGAUAGAGAAAGUGUUCAACAGUCGCGGUGUCAGACGUGGAAAGAGGAAGGAAAAUGAAGACUCACUUUUCAACGGCGGUGAUAUUAGCAGGUUGGAUGAUAUUUGGAGGCAGCACAACGAGCACUGAGCCACCAACAGCUACAGUUGCAGUUGCAACUCCAUUCACAUCAAAUGUAACGUUAUCACCAAACACCACAAACGCCACUGAGGCGCAAACAACGACUGAAUCGGUCUCCACGAUCCCCAGUACAAUUGAAACAACCGCUGGGUCCUCAGAAAGCGUGAGCACGAGCACUACGAGCAACUCCACACCAACUGAGACAACAGCAGACACCACCUCUGUCUUUAACGCGACCUCUGCGGGGACUGAGCUCACAGUCACGAGCACGGCACACAACACGAGCGCAGUCACAUCGAGCUCGGUGAAUGAAACUCAGACUACAUCCUCCUCAGAGAGCCCUGCCUCACUGGAGACAACGCCGGGAAGCACAGAACCGGUUAUUACUACUGACAAAAGCGCACCUUCAACUCUAAUUACUACGAUUACAACGGUGGCCUCUACUUCUACACUGUCAACGUUUGGAACUGAAACAACAACUAAGGCAACCGACAACACGGCAUCAUCCCAAUCAACACACACCGAUUCUGUUGAAGAAGAAAAUAAGGAUACAAAGGCCUUGAGCUCAGGAAGUGUCGCUGCCAUCGUGAUUGGCUUUCUUGCCAUUGUACUAAUUGUACUUGCUGGUGUGUACUACUUCAAGAUUCGACCCUCUUCUUAUGGACGUCUUUUGGAUGGUGAACACAGCUCUGUGGGGAAUUUUCUUAACCCAAUGUUUGAUGGCUAAAUGGAGAAGCAUUCAUGAAGAAAUAUUUGAUUCUGAGGAACAACCUACACGUCUUUCUUAAGCAAUGAAUAUGAUAACAUUAGAUUCUAUAUUUUUGCAAAAUAUCAAAAAAAGAUGAUGCACUGACCAGAAUCAUCCAGAAGUUUUAGAAUGUACAGG